CGGUCAGGCGGCGCGCUCGAGCCGCCGGCGGCAGGAAAACACAGAGAGAAGGGGAAGCUGUUCGCGGUGACAGGCGGACAGACAGACGGCUCUCCCACACCACGGCCGCCGCCGGGAGCCGAGCGCAGAGGAGUCUGAGGAGAAGAGAAGCUGUCGGAGAGGAGAGAGAUUGAGAGAGCGCGGGUGUGAGGCGAUGAGCCGCGCCGACUGACUGACUGACUGACUGACUAACGGUCGCCGAAGAGCCGCCCCCAACGGUCACCCACCGCUCGCGCCAUGGCCGGCGAGUCCAUUCAGAGCGACCCUGGAAGCUUCUCGUUCUUCGAACAGCUCGGACUGGACCAGAGUUCGGAUUUCUCCGACACAUCGUUUCAGCAAAAACUGGAUGAAGCCAAAGAGCAAAUCAGACGGGAGAUCAGGAAGGAGCUGAAGAUCAAGGAAGGCGCUGAGAACCUGCGGAAAGCCAGCACUGACAAAAAACACCUAUCCAACGUGGAGAACAUCCUGAAGAACUCCAACCGCAAACUGGAGGAGCUACACCAGCAGCUCCAGGACCUGGACGCUCACAUUGUGUACAAAGAUCCUGAUGAACUGCAAGAUGCACCGCUGUCCCCUGGCACUCUGAGCCGCGAGGCUCGGUCGACUGCUAACAGGAACCGUAUCGUGGCUCUCGAGAAACAGCUGGAUAUAGAGAUGAAGGUUAAGCAAGGGGCUGAGAACAUGAUUCAGAUGUAUACCAAUGGGCCAGUAAAAGAUCGGAAGCUGCUUUGGACUGCUCAGCAGAUGCUGCAGGACAGCAAGACCAAGAUUGAGGUGAUCCGAAUGCAGGUUCGCAAGGCAGUGCAGGCGGAUGAGGUGCAUCUGGUGUUUGAAGACGGGCAAGGUAAGCCAGAGCUCUCGCUCAUUGAGCUGAGAAUCGAAGAACUUCGCCAUCAUUUCCGUGUGGAAUAUGCCGUGGCUGAAGGGGCCAAAAACGUGCUGCGGCUUUUGGGAUCGGCCAAGAUUCACGAUAAGAAAGCGAUCUCAGAGGCUCAGUCCAGGCUGAACGAGUCAAGUGAGAAGGCGGAUUUACUGAAGCAUUCGCUGGAGCAGCGACUGAACGAGCUCCCGGAGGAUCACCCCAAGGGCUGCAUUGUGAAAGAGGAGCUAAUCAUGGCCUGUUCCCCAGCCUUCAGCACUCGGCAUAACAGUGCUUACCAACACAGCCAGUACAGCACGCUCUACAAGCCCUCGCCACUCACUGGCACACUGAAGGUCCGUAUGGUUGACUGUAAGACUCUGUUAGAGUUGGUUCCUGGCCGAUCCCGUGGCUCGGGUGUGACUCUGCCCGCCUACAGCCCCAGUGACAGCCGCACGUCCUUCAUGAGCAGGACCAGCCGCGGGCUGUAUGGGCGCAGUGGCAGCGGCAGUGGGAGGAACCUCUUCAAAACAGAAGAGCUGUCCAAUGAUGUGAGCGCUGUGCUGAAGCUGGAUAAUGUAGUGGUUGGGCAGACCGCAUGGAAACCAAUAGGCGAAGAGUCAUGGAACCAGACUUUCACAGUGGAGCUGGAUCGUUCACGGGAGCUGGAGAUCAGUGUUUACUGGCGAGAUUGGCGUUCCCUCUGUGCCUUAAAAUACCUCAAGCUGGAGGACUUCUUAGACAAUCAGCGGCAUGAAAUCCACCUGGAUCUGGAGCCUCUGGGCACUCUCCUGGCUGAGAUUACAUUCUUCAAUCCUAUGAUCGAGAGGAUACCCAAACUGCGAAGACAGAAGAAGAUCUUCUCCAAACAGCAAGGCAAGGCUUUCCUUCGAGCUCCUCAAAUGAACAUCAACAUCGCUACCUGGGGGCGACUAUUAAGGAAAGCGAUUCCGACUGUUAACUCCACGGGGACGUACAGCCCCUCUGCUCACAUGUCCUCCGUGCCCGAGAGCAGGCAUAGUCUGUCAACGUCAGGAGAUCUCUCAUUGGACAAGCUGUCAUUAGACGGAGAUUUGUCCUCAGGAACACCACAAAAAUCCUCCCUGGAGUCGAAGGGAAGCCGGAAUGGUGAAAAGCAAGUACAGACUGACCCCACUGGCGUAGUCUCUCCCCUGAGGAGGAACGCGUCAGUGUCUAGCACAGACGGAGAUCGGGACAGCACACAGCUGAAGCCCUCACUGACUCUGCAGGAUUUCAAGCUUAUCGCGGUGCUCGGCCGGGGGCACUUUGGCAAGGUGCUGUUGUCGGAAUACAGGAAAUCAGGACAACUAUUUGCAAUCAAAGCCUUGAAGAAAGGGGAUAUUGUUGCCAGAGACGAGGUUGACAGCCUGAUGUGUGAGAAGCGGAUCUUCGAGACCGUCAACACCUCCAAUCACCCGUUCCUGGUGAAUCUCUUUGCGUGCUUCCAGACCCCAGAGCACGUGUGUUUUGUGAUGGAAUACACAGCUGGGGGCGACCUGAUGAUGCACAUUCACGCUGACGUCUUCUCAGAGCCCCGAGCCGUGUUUUACUCUGCGUGUGUGGUUCUCGGCCUGCAGUUCCUUCACGAUAACAAGAUUGUCUACAGGGACCUGAAGUUAGAUAACUUACUGCUGGACAUUGAUGGUUAUGUGAAGAUUGCUGAUUUCGGGCUGUGUAAGGAAGGAAUGGGGUUCGGAGACCGGACGAGCACUUUCUGCGGCACUCCCGAAUUCCUGGCUCCGGAGGUUCUGACGGACACUUCGUACACACGGGCAGUGGACUGGUGGGGGCUGGGAGUGCUGAUUUAUGAGAUGCUGGUGGGAGAGUCACCGUUCCCUGGGGAUGAUGAGGAAGAAGUGUUUGACAGUAUCGUCAAUGACGAGGUCCGUUACCCUCGCUUCCUGUCCACUGAGGCCAUCGCUGUCAUGAGGAGGCUGCUGAGGAGGAACCCUGAGCGUCGCCUGGGAUCCAGUGAGCGAGAUGCUGAAGAAGUGAAGAAACAGCCGUUCUUCAGGGAGAUCGAUUGGGAAGGGCUGCUCAGCAAAAAGGUCAAGCCUCCCUUCGUCCCCACCAUCAGAAACCGAGAGGAUGUCAGCAACUUUGACGAGGAAUUCACAGCAGAGGAGCCAGACCUGACGCCCCCGAGAGAGCCCAGGGUCCUCUCCCAGAAAGAUCAGAACAUGUUCAAGGAGUUCGACUACGUCUCUGACGAUUGUUAAUGUCCAACACCUUAACCUGCUGAGCACUGCCAGCCCACAGCGACUCUCACCCCUGGUUCAACACUCUCCACAUCCGAACCUUAUGGCUAGUGGGUUGUACGUGGGACCAAGGCUUCCGAGAUGCAAUGCAAUUCCUCUUAGCCUUUUUAAAAGAAAAACACAAAAGUUUGUUUUAUUUAUAU